GGAGAGAUUUCUUAAUCUGAAGAGACCACUCACCACUACCAGUCUACAUUCACUCGCCUCCAAUGCGUUUUCAGUCCUUAUUCUCCUUCUCUCUCUCGCUCGCGGCUGCCACGGGAGUCGUAUACGGUGCUCCAAGUGCAACUGGGGCCAACUCCGAGGAUACCUAUGGCUCUAGUCAGGCCGUCACCAUCCAACAUUUUUCUCUUAAACAACCUGGUUACGGAGAAACGCAACAAGACAUUAUACAGAAACUGACGGAAGCCAUGUCUAAGGUCAAAGCUAGCAGUGGAAAGAAAGUUGAGCAUGCCUAUAUCGGCGUGGCCGAUCCUGAUAUUGCCGAACAAAUCUUCCUUUGGAAGAGUCCACCAGAUGCAUCUACGUUGGAUACAAUCAAACCCUUUACUUCAUUCUCGUCCAGCGGGACAGUGAACAGCUCCACCUCCGUCUUCAAUGACAGGACUACUCUGCUCCGUUCCCUAGGAUAUCCGAUUAUCGAAUCCGUCGUCUUGGAUGUUCUCCCGAACGUUCCUACAACCGAAUUGGAACAGGACUAUUCGGUGGUGGUUGAGAGUAUCUUGCAGACCGGGUCAGGACUUGGUGGGUCUCAUGGGAUACAGCAGGGUUCUGGUAGUAGGACGUUUAUGGUUAUCAAUGGAUGGGAAAGUCAACAGGCUGUUACGGAAUGGGCUGACGGUGUGAACAAGGAUCCGGAGACUGCACCUGUGUAUGAUGAACUUCUUCAUAGCUUUGUCGGUGGUAUUGCUACUCCGCUGUUUAAAGCUGUGAAAGAGAUUCCUUGAGAGGUUCACCGGAAGAGGCUGUCGACGCUGAGGAUGAUCAACCACAACCGUAAAUACUUAACUGGAUUCCAUUUAUUCGCUACACUUUACUUUAUAUCCGUAUUGGUAAUCUUGUAAACCGUCGCUGUCCGUCCUCGUUUUGUGGUAUACUAAG